UUAAAGCCCUAUCCCUUUUUUUUUUUCUCGUUGUGUUCAAUUGACUGUCAGAAGAAGGCUGGAUAUAGGGGUCUCCUCUCGCUGUCUUGCGGCUCUCGACGGAACCGAACAAUUGUAAUCUAUUAAUCUAACAGAGUGUGGAGCUUUCCGAAAUUAAGGGGAAUCCUGACAAAGAGUGAAUGGCGUAGUAACAAGUGGAAGAAAGUGAAGCGGAUCAAGGUUAGUGGUUGUUACCGUGUGGUAUCGCUGCAAUGAUGGUCGACUGCAGCCGACAUAGUUUCGGUAGAGAAAGAGCUGGCGAUGUAAAUGUGUAAUGAGUGGGCAUUUCGUAAGCAGAUGAUGGCAGACGUUGAGGCGUCAUACUCUGAGUUUAUAAACUGUGAUCGUACGGGUCGCAGGAACGCAGUGCCAGACAUUAAAGGAGACGGGGUAGUGGCGGGGACCAGUGAACUUACCAAAGACAUGGCUCAGAUGGACCUGAAAGCCACUGAGGGAGAUGCCUCCGGAUCUCCAACCCCUGAAGCGGAGUCAUCUGGAAACCAGGACAAUCCGGGGAACGAAGGACCGUCAUAAACAUCAAGAAUUACCAGAAGGAGAGAAAAGCUGGGGAGUUCUCUCCUUUAUCAUCACUAAUUCUCCUCAUCUUUACUCAUCAGGCAGCAGUGAAGAGCUCCUCUCAUAGACUGCUAUUAAGGCGAACUUCCUCCCAUUGCAUGCUGUUGAGUGCCUAAGAGACAGAUGGAGAAGACACUGCCUUUGCAAACACCACUGCAUGGGAUGGAUCAGUCAAGGACAGGCUUGAACAUUGAUUGACAGUGCUGAGUGAUGGAAAAUUGUUUUUCUAACAGAUCAAACAGAAGCAGAGGUGUUUUGAUAAUUUUUUCAUAAUAUCAAACUUCAGCUAAACUGUUCAUUCUGAAUGUGAGUUACUGGUAAAAUACUCAGAGCUACUAUAUAUUAUAAAGAGUACCAAAUAUGCCUAUUUGUUACAGUCCAUGCGCCGAUGACUUUACUUCAGUUAUUUCUUUUUUAAAUACAAUGACCACUACAGUUGAAGUUGGUCUGAUUAUAGGCAACACGUCCAGAAUUGUUUCUAUACUUCAUUAUAUAAUGUACUGUAAUACAAAUGUAACAUAAUUAACAAUAUUUAUGUAGUAUCUUGAUUUAUUGCUUUCUGCUCCUGGCACUGUUUUGUGGUUUUUGUCAAACUCUCAAAAACACUUGUUGAAACACUGCAUUUAUAUAAAUGUAAGUACCUCAAAAUAAACCGGAAUGACAUUA